ACCAUCCCCACCACUUACUCGUCCAUCAGUCGCUCCGAGGCCGUUCGAGAGAGAGGAUUGUUCUUGCCGUUCGUCCGCGUGCUUAACGUUUCGAGCUCGCUUUCGCGUUUACGUUCGCCGGUUUCUUUGGAUCGGUGCUCGCGCGUUUCGAUUCUUGAAUGCGCGUCCUUUGAUGCCAGAGUAGCUCUCGCGUACCAACGGUAAAGACGUGUGCGGUGCUAGUGUUGGUAAACUUAACCUCAAAGUGGCGGCGGGCCACCGUUUCGGUAGUAAACAACUAAGUGCAGUGUCUCUGUGUAAUGGUGUGUCCACGUUGAGGAAGAAGGAGGAGAGUUCGUUUCUUUGGUUUAACGCGAAGAAAACGAGUCUUCGUGUCGAAUUUUUAACGCGGUGGUUAUCGCUCUGUUUUACCGACCGUAAAAAGGGCACGCCACACUCUUGGUGCCCAACGGGAAUUCUUCGUGGCUAGCGUCGGUGUCAUAUAUAACCUCGAUGAACGUAGCCAGCGAUAGAAAUAAGUGGUGAUACAAGUUUUAUCGAUCGAGACGGUGAUAUUAUUUUCGAUGAGAAUGCGGUAGUGGCGGAUGGCAAACAUACCGAUGGAUCAUCGUCGUGCAUCCGAGGCGGGGACCUUCUCGAUCGAAUCGCGUCGACAGAAUCGCAGACAGAGCCGUCGGAAGGGUCGGUCGUUCUCGUAGCCCACGCGGGCGAUUUGAAUCUGUGUUUUGUUUAUCGUUGUGUUGUUAUUUGUUGUCGUUGGUGUGCCGCGUGACAUGAAGUGUAUCGUUCGCGUGAUUUGAGUACGCAUACGACAGUGUUUCUAUUUUUUAUUAGUUCGAAAACAGAGGAGUCAUGUAUCCCAGCGCCGGAAUCAAUGCCGCUGCUGUGGCUGCCGCCGCUGCCAGACAUCCGGGUCCGCCGCAGCCCGGCCAGCAAUAUAAAUUCUCGAUCGGCGAGCUGUGCGAUCGUAUCAAGGAGGACUUCAACUUUCUUCAGACACAGUAUCACAGUAUUAAGUUGGAGCUGGAGAAACUCGCCCAGGAGAAGACGGAGAUGCAGCGCCACUACGUCAUGUAUUACGAGAUGUCCUACGGCCUGAACGUGGAAAUGCAUAAACAGACAGAGAUAGCGAAGAGAUUAAACGCCAUAAUUGCUCAGAUCCUGCCGUUUCUCUCCCAGGAACAUCAACAACAAGUCGCUACUGCUGUUGACAGAGCCAAACAAGUGACCAUGACCGAACUCAACGCCAUUAUCGGGCAACAGAGGCCAGACUUGCCGAGGCUUCUCCAACAGAUGCACGCUCUACCACCAGGUGCCGCGAUAGGUCCUCAUCCAGGUAUUCCGGCACUUCCUGGACCUGGACUUCCUACCUCAGCCUCUGCAGCUCUUCUUGGAUUAGGUAUUCCACCGGGCGCGGCUGCCACCGCCGGAGGCACGGCUGCUCACCCUCUCCCAAUGUUGACCAAGCCAGACCAUCAUCGGGGUCAGCCGGACGACUUGAAGCCGAACGGUGGUCUGAAUCCCGCCGAGGAGAGGCAUAGGAAUUCGAUAUCGCCGGCCGAGCGCGAGAAAUACAGCAGGCCGCGAAGUACGCCGGACCCCCAGCACCACGAGCACAUGCACCUCAAGAAAAUGAAGAAGGAACAGGACAAGGACAUAGGCCAUCAGAGCGAUGGUGAAAAGAGCGACCAGGACUUGGUGGUGGACGACGCCAGCGAGGGGCCAGCGAGUCCCGCGGCGAAUGGCACCUCAUCGCCGAGGGAGAACGGCCUCGACAAGCUGGGUCCGUCCUCGGUGCCUUUGAGCAGCCAGGUGAAGAAAGAAGUGCCGCCACCCUCGCCGAGAAGCGGUACCAGCAGCAACGCUAGCACGCCGUCGGCCAAGAAGAUGGAGGAACGGGAGAAACCGACCACUCCGAUCUCAAAACCUGUCACACCUACGUCAGCGGGUGGUAGCAGCUCCGGCUCCGGUGGUCUGAAACCGUCGAGUUCCAGCAAACCGCUGGUCUCGGCUUCGGCGGUCGGCCCUUAUCCGCCACACUAUCCGCCGCCACAUCAUCCACCCGCAGGACCUCAUGCGGACAUGUUGGGUUAUCCUCCGGCAGCCCUGAAUGGAUAUCCCACAAGACCACCUCUUCAGCAACUGUACGACCCUCACGGAACCAUGAGGGCACCACUCGGACCUUUCGGCGUGCCCGGUGGCAAACCAGCGUACAGUUUCCACGUAUCGAGCGAAGGCCAGAUGCAGCCAGUGCCCUUUCCACCUGAUGCUCUAAUUGGACAAGGAAUACCGCGUCAUGCGCGCCAGAUAAAUACCCUCACGCAUGGCGAGGUGGUGUGCGCCGUAACGAUCUCAAAUCCGACUAAAUACGUUUACACCGGCGGCAAAGGAUGUGUCAAGGUCUGGGACAUCAAUCAGGGCGGCAGCGGUAGCGCGAAACACGUUUCGCAACUUGAUUGCUUGCAACGAGACAACUACAUCAGAUCAGUGAAACUGUUACCAGACGGCAGAACCCUAAUAGUGGGAGGUGAGGCGAGUAAUCUGAGCAUCUGGGAUCUAGCGAGUCCGACGCCAAGAAUCAAGGCGGAACUGACCUCGAACGCGCCAGCGUGUUACGCUCUGGCCAUCUCACCGGACUCGAAGGUCUGCUUCAGCUGCUGCAGCGACGGAAACAUUGCCGUCUGGGAUCUGCAGAAUCAGUCGUUGGUCAGACAGUUCCAGGGUCACACGGACGGCGCGUCGUGCAUCGACAUCUCCGCCGACGGGUCGAAACUCUGGACAGGCGGUCUGGACAACACGGUGCGCUCGUGGGACCUUCGAGAGGGCAGGCAGCUUCAGCAACACGACUUCACGUCUCAAAUAUUCUCCCUCGGCUAUUGCCCGACUGGGGAAUGGCUGGCUGUUGGCAUGGAGAACUCGAACGUCGAGGUUCUACACGCCACCAAACCGGACAAAUAUCAGCUUCAUUUACACGAAUCGUGUGUGCUCUCGUUGCGUUUCGCUACCUGUGGCAAGUGGUUUGUCUCCACUGGCAAAGACAAUUUGCUGAACGCGUGGCGCACACCUUACGGUGCCUCAAUAUUCCAGUCGAAGGAGUCCUCGUCGGUGCUGAGCUGCGAUAUCUCUACGGACGACAAGUACAUCGUGACGGGAUCGGGUGACAAGAAAGCUACCGUCUACGAAGUGAUAUACUGAACAGUCGACUCGACGACCCUCUCGAAUACUGGUUACUGUUGAACGGACUAGGCUUUUGUAGUACUCGUGCACAGAAAAAGCGAAUAACAGGCUUCGGUUUAUGGGCAAGUAGAGGGAAGUCCGUUCUGAGAACGCGUACUGAAGCUGGGAUUAAUCGAAGGAGCGCGGAUGUUACGCUCCGCCCUGUACCAAGAGGAGACUGUCGUUUAUUUGUGAAUCGAGCGAUACGUCGGCGUGUGUUAUAUUUGUUAAAUUUGGAUCACUUGUAGCUACCGGCGUGAAUGGACAAUACAGGCAAGGCUGCGAAGAACACUGAAGUUACGGUAUAUAUAUAUAUAUAUAAAUAUAUAUAAAGGUGGCAGAACGUUUUAGCUAUUUAAGAUUGUAUAGAACGCAUAAUUAUAAAUAGGCUGAAAACGAUUUCGAAUGAGACUAUGCGUGUGAUGUUCUCCCCGAUGAUUACGUGGUGCCGCGGGAUCGUUCGACUUCGAGCAAGAGGAAGUCGCUUGUGUAAUAUGUUACUAAUGUAAUAUAGAAUUUUACGAUUAAGUAUCAUACGCGUGACUGUGAGAGUUUGCACGGUGAAUUAGUUUGCUUCGGCAUUUUCACCGGGCGCGCGAUGUCCUCGUGCUUCGCUAUCGACGACGAACGAACGGAUGCCUGAGUAAGACGUGUACGGAGCACAGAGAUCUAGCAUGUAGGACCCGUCAACGUAGGAAUGUGUGUCGCGUGUUGCAGAUUUCUACAUAAUAUAUCGAGCACACGUGUAGAGAGGAAGAGCGUCUAUGGUGUAUAGCGGAUAUAGGGCUAUGAACUGAUGUAGUUUUCGAUCGUGCUGAGGGAUGCGUAAAACGAAGCCGAGAUGUUGCGCGAACCUUGAUAUUUCCAUUCACGAAGAGUAAUUAAUGAUUUGUACUCGUACGUAAGCCUCAGUUAAAAACCUUGUUCUUUCGUUGCUAUUCUCUGUGUCGCUACUACUAACUGACUACGUUCGGUAACUAUGGAAAUUUUGUGAAAGGCACGGAAGGAUAAGGCAGAACAAAAAAAGUGCGUUCGAUCUCUUGACAUUUUCUAUAGCAAAUAUCUGUGUAUAUGUACGGACGAAAGAGACGCCGAUGCUUUUUCUGUCGUGCCGUAAUCGGUAUCGCCGAAAGAAAUCCCGCGUCUCUCGCGCGGCGCAAGCUUUUCCGGUACAUCGUGGCUCGUUCGCGACGAAUCUCGAAACCUGACUUUCGUACGAAAACUCGAAGGGUAUUUAUCGAAUAUAUUUUCACGCCCGCCAAUCUUUUUGCGACGAAAUCGCCCUAACGGUUUUUGACAUUCUUCGUCGGCGAACCGUGGCACGAUAUACUUUACGAGUUGUGCCGCCGCGAGGGGGGCAACAAUUUCGCUCCUAUCCGCAUCUAACGAAACCCAAUCGUACUCGAUGGAGAUGAUACACAUGAACUUAGGCGGACGCCUACGGAUGCUCGCGAUUACUGCCGUUCGAGGCAUCGAACUCUUACACACGAGUAAAAAGAUAACACACGGGCUACGCUCAUAGACACGUUCUUUACAAGAUAUUCAGCGAAAUAUUUUUCUGACUGUCCACGAUGGCCCUAGAUUCAACCGAACGACCCGGUCGACGAAAUACCGUCGUAAUCGUAAUUGAAUUUAUAUCAACAGGAUCAAAUUGACGCAUUUCAGUACAUUGACGAUUUUCUUCGUGCCUGCGAGACGGCGUAUGAAAUUUGUAGGGUACUAGGUAGUGCGUUAUCAUUCGGAUCUGAAUACGGUGAAAGCAGGGGAUGCAUAAAGGAGAUUUCUAUUUUGUUACAGGAUGACACACGUUUACAUUCGCUGUGAUCGUCGUAGAAUCGACGCUGUAUACUGCCGCGCAAACAUUAACGUUGACGAGACGUAAUACGAAUUAUGACACGAAAGGAAGUAGGAAAGAAAAACGAGAAACGAGAAAAUGCAGAUAGAUUUUCGACGAACACAGCUCCGACGAUAGACCAAUAGAAACAACGAUACCUCAAGAAGACUCAAUAGUUAAUUAUCUCUUACGAAUUAACUUGUACAGAAUCGAUAUUCUUUUACAGUGAAUAAUACGCAUACCCACGCAAAUGCAUAGACACACGUAAACACACAUAACACAUACACGUACAGACGCACUAGGGAAAACAACAGCGAAGAGAAAAAUAAGACAGCGAAAUCGCGACUCGUCACCCCGCAAUAAUUCAUUAAUUGUGUCCCGCAGUCACUGAAUUGUAUCUCCGCAAUUUGCACUCCGUGUGUACGAAAGUAAAACGAAUGCGUUUCUAGCAGAGAAAAAAGACAGACAAGUGUUAAUCCUUUCCAA